GGCGAAUCCCAGCGGAUAACAGUCGUUUCGGAUAGAUAGCGAAUACAUUACUCUCCUUCUCUCUCGUGCGAGUGAGUACUGAGUACCGAACGCGAGGCUGAUGCUGUGAAAGCUGUUAAAGGAUGACCACUUCAGUCACCUCUUCUCUUCAAACCAGCAACUUUAGGUCGCUAUUUUUUGGUGAGGGAAAUGUCAUUUGCGUAUCCAGUGGUCCUGUUGCCCGUGUUAGUUUCAUGAGGACAACUAUCGAGUGUAAGGAAUCAAGGAUAGGGAAACAGCCCAUGGAAGUGCCAUCAAAUGUCACGAUAGCAAUGGAAGGUCGGGAUUUGAAAGUGAAGGGCCCUUUGGGGGAACUUUCCAUUACUUAUCCAUCAGAGGUGAAGCUUGAAAAGGAGGAGUCUGGAAAUCUAAGGGUCAGAAAGGCUGUAGAAACUAGAAGGGCCAAUCAAAUGCAUGGGCUUUUCAGGACACUAACCAACAACAUGCUGGUGGGAGUAUCUAAAGGGUUCGAGAAGAAACUUCAAUUGAUUGGCGUUGGAUAUCGUGCAAUGCUGGAAGGAAAAGAUUUGGUAUUGAAUCUCGGGUUCUCUCAUCCGGUUAGGAUGGAAAUCCCCGAUGGUCUUCAAGUAAAAGUUGAAGAGAAUACUAGAAUCACCGUUAGUGGAUUUGAUAAGAGUGCAAUUGGUCAGUUUGCUGCUUCAAUUAGGAAAUGGAGACCCCCUGAACCAUACAAGGGUAAAGGAGUGAAAUAUGCCGAUGAAGUUGUAAGAAGAAAGGAAGGAAAAGCCGGUAAGAAGAAGUAAUGUAGAAUAUUUAUGCUCUUCUGGUUCCUUUUGUCACAACAGAUUUGUGCUCAUUAAAUUGUAUCAGCAUUUUGCAAUACUUUAUGCAUGGCUUUUAGUGGCCAUUCAUUGGGAUUUCCGUAUUGACCCGUGCUA